AUGGUAACUUACGUGUCCAAAGGUGGUCUUUCCCUCUCAGAACAAAGUGGGAAAAUUACAAAUUCAAAAUUAUAGCAAAAUUGCUCAAUUUUUUCCGCUUCGUCCUCAUUACUACUAUCACGCGCCUUCUCGACAUUUUCAUCCAACUGGCCAGGCAAUUGGAAGAGUCGUAGCGCGAGUUGGCGUAGUUUAUUCGAUGCACUAAUUGGUCGAAGAUUAGCCAAUUGGAGACCAGCAUCUUGUGGCAGUGAGCGUAUUGCUCUAUCCAUAUAAACAGUGGUGAGUGUAUGGAUUGGGAAUAAGCAGGCUCGAAAAGCUUCUUCUAAAUGUCCAAUUACAAUCUCCCAUUGAUGUGUUGUCAAGUAUGGAGCUGUUGAUAUCAGCAAAUGUCUAAGACACGAAGUGGCUAAACGAGAAAUUCGUUCAUUGCGCAUGCUGAUAGAGUCCACGAGACCAUUCAAGAACUGAUGUAGCAUUAAAUUAAUUCCCACAAUUUCGCCAGAUAAGUUGAUACUUUUUUGUUGAUAUCGGAUAAUUAGACUGCUUAUCAAUUGAGUGGUUUGACUGAUCACAAAAGCGAGUUUUGAUGAAACAACGCUAUCUUUGUCGAUAUCAUUGGCAAGCAUUGAUUCAUCUGGCCUUUGCUCAAACAAGGUGAACGGAGAAGAAUAGCUCUGAAAUUCCGAUGAGUCCAGUUUCGAGUCUUCGUUUGCCGAACUGGUUAAAGCAUUACUGGAGAUGGCAAUUUGGAGCCGAGGCAUCAACACGUGAUUGAUGACGAAGAUAGCAAAUGAGGGACCUAUCGCGAUACGCCUAGAUUUGAGCUCCUCCCUUUCGAUUCCAUCAGUAAUUUUAGAAAUAGGGACUUCCUUUUCCCCACAAAUCUUCUCUGUACAUUCAUUCAAAAGACUGGUGAAUUCAUCAAAUACAAUUCGAUGAACCAUAGGAUUGCAGUUCCAUAUCGCCAUGACAAUGCCUUCGAGAGUUAAGAACCACAGAUGAAGGACACAAGAGGGCUGAUCAAUAUCAUCAAGACUUCGAAGAGUACAUAAGUCAGGAUCCACUGGAACCUUUGUAUGGAGGGUGGGUUCAAAGAAUCGGGUUGAUGUGAACCAAGGUGUGAGAUUCUUGACCCUUUCAUGAAGAAUCAGCGAUGAGAAGCUCCGAACAGAAGGUUGAAGGUUCAGCUGAGGUGGUCCACCGGCGAUUAUAUAAGCCUGACGCUUAGCUGAUCUUAGAACAAAAUCAGCAGUAGAAGAUGACGUCUGGGAUGAUAAGACAUUCGAGGCAGAACCCCAAAGAUAUCCAAGAAUUUCACAGCAUCGUCUCAAUAACGGAAGGGUUGCUUUACAUAAAGCAGAUGAGACUUCAUCUGCGCUGUCUAUUCUCUUCACAGUUUGUGUUUGUUCAUCUCCAGAGCCAAUGGCAUUUUCGACUGUAUUAGGGCGCUGUUCUCUAAGAGAAGGGGUAUCCACGUAA